GGAUGAUGCCUUUUCAACAUUGUAUUUAUUUAAGAAAUCCUAAGAAUGGGUAUUCUCACAAUAGGCAGUUGGAAAAGUCAAACGUCCCUUCCAGCAUCUACUACUACAAUGCCGUUUCCGGGGUUUGACUUUGAAAAUAUAUAUAGACCGAGUAUAUAUACAACUAACACUCAAUUCAAUUCAACCCAAUUCAUACAUACAUUUUUCCCUAUUUAUCAGUUUGUAUUCUUUGACCUUUUUUAGUAAUUAUUAUCUUUAAUUUCAAAGUAAAUGGAACAAAUCAUCGAAGUUCCUCCAUACUUUCUCUGCCCAAUCUCGCUAGAAAUAAUGAGGGAUCCGGUGACGGUGUCGACCGGAAUAACCUACGACCGGGACAGCAUCGAGAAGUGGGUAUUCUCAUCCGACGCCGGCGGCAACAACAACAACACGUGUCCGGUGACCAAACAAGCCCUCAUCCUGACCGGCGGCGAGGAUCUCCUCACUCCCAACAUCACUCUCCGGCGCUACAUCCAAUCCUGGUGCACCCUCAACGCCUCCCACGGCGUCGAGAGGUUCCCGACCCCAAAGGCCCCGCUCAGCAAAUCCCAGAUCCUGAAGCUCCUCAGGGACGCCGAGUCGUCGCCGCCGGCAAUGCAAAUGCAGUGCCUCCGGAGGCUGAGGUCCCUCGCCGGCGAGAGCGAGGCGAACCGGCGUUCCCUCGAGACGGACGCCGGUGUGGUUGAAUUCCUAGCGUCAGUCAUCAUAAGAAGUGAAGAAUCAAUGCCGUCGUCUGAUGAUGAUGUGGGGGGCGGCGUGAAGGAGUGGGGCCCCGGCGAUGAAGCCCUGAGUGUACUCCACAGCCUCAAGUUAUCCGACGUGGGACUGAAAUCUCUGCUAGCCAACCGGUCCAUGAUCGAGACUUUAGUUCGGGCCAUGCAACGCCGCCGUCUCGGGAGCAGCUACGACGAGUUGACUCGGGCUUUCGCGGUGAUGCUUCUGAAGUCGAUGCUGCAAGCGGCCGAGCCGCUGCAGGUGAUGGGGCUGAAGGCGGCGUUUUACGUCGAAACCGUCCAGAUCCUGAAAGACCAAAUAUCGAUCAAGGCGUCUAGAGCGGCGCUGCAGCUUCUGAUCACCGUUUGUCCUCUGGGGCGGAACCGGGUAAAGGCGGUGGAGGCGGGAGCGGUGGCAGUGCUGGUGGAUCUCCUGCUGGACACGGCGUCGUCGGAGAAAAGAGGGUGCGAGAUGAUCCUGACGGCGCUGGACCAGCUGAGCCAGUGCGCGGAGGGGCGGGCGGAGCUGGUGAGCCACCCGGGCGGGCUGGCGGUGGUGUCGAAGAAGAUCCUGAGGGUGUCGCAUGUGGCGAGUGAGAGGGGCGUGAGGAUACUGCACUCCGUGUCUAGGUUUUCGGCCACCCCCGGCGUGGUGCAGGAGAUGCUGCAGCUGGGAGUGGCGGCGAAGCUGUGCCUGGUGGCUCAGCUGGUUGAUUGCGGGGGGAAGGAGAGGGCGAGAGAGGUUCUGAGAUUGCACGCCAAGUCUUGGAACAACUCUCCCUGCAUACCCGCCAAACUCAGGUCUUCCUUCCCACUCUGAUGAACACACCCCGGCCGGCCUGAGUAGCUACCAGCUAGCUAUAGUUUUGCAACGUGCGUACAUUAUUUUUUGUGGGUUACCCCCUGGCCCCACCUCCACCCAACUAUAUAUAAGACGGGGAAAAACUGUACAUGUACUCCUUUAUUUUCGGUAUAUUGACAAAUUUCGUAUUAAAUACUUUGUAUUAAUUAUACACCUAUACUUUGGCGAUUCUACACAAACCGAAACCAAAGUUCAGAACCGC